AUGGCUAUGCCCUCUGUGCUUCUCUGCAAUGGGUGCACUCCCUGGCAAAGGCUUCUCUUCACAGCCUCUCUUUUAGCAUGCUGGCACUUCUCCACCAGCACUGCACAGGUCACCAUUGAAUCUGUCCCACCCCAAGUGGUCGAAGGGGAAAACGUCCUUUUUCUUGUCCACAAUCUGCCAGAGAAUCUUAUAGCCUCAGUCUGGUUCAGGGGGCUGAAAAUUACAGAAAAUGUAAUUGCAAUCUAUGAUCUGAAGCAAGAUUUUAGUGCUCCAGGGCCUAUACAUAGUGGUAGAGAGACAGUGUACCGCAAUGGAUCUCUGUUGCUCAGAAAUGUCACGAUGAAGGACACAGGACGCUAUACCCUGAGAACCAUAAAUAGACAUGGAGAUAUCGUGUCAACAACAAUCAUGAACCUUCAUGUGCACAACAGCUCGAUAGAUAAUGGGGUAAGGAUGGUGUGCAGUAACGGAUCCCUGGUGGUCCAGGUUGUCACUGAGAAAGAUGCUGGAAUGUACAUCCUAGAAGCUUUCAAUGAAUAUUUCAAAAUGAAAAAGCUUAAGUGGUAUUCUAUACAUGGGAUCCUCACAGCUACCGCCAAGAAACACAUACUCUACAACCCUGCUCCCGUCUGGACUCUUGGUGACACUCGGGAGCUUUUAGAUAAGGAAGAAAGCCAAGGCACCAAGGGAGCAAAAAAUGAGGAGGCAGCUUCUCAAGAUUCCUCCGUCAUCUCAGGGGUCCAGCCUAGGGAAUCAUUUUUCAUAGAGCAUGUGAUGCAGCCCUUCCUGGAAAUCAGUGACGCUACAGUCGCAGUAGAAAAAUCUGUGUCCUUGAUCUGCAUCUCACCACACGACGAUAACUCUUUCCAUUGGCUCUUCAAUAACCAGAGUCUGCAGCUCACAGACAGGAUGACACUGACUGUCACAAAGCGGGUACUAAGAAUAGAUCCUGUCAGAAUCGAGGAUGCUGGAGAUUAUCAGUGUGAGGUCUCCAACCCAGUCAGUUCAAAGACCAGUCUCCCAGUCAGGCUGGCCGUGGUGAAGGGCUGA